AUGGACGAAGAAUUAUUCACAAAGCACUGUAAAAGAAUGAACAAACCAGACAGUAUGGAGUCAGUGGACGAGUCUGACGAGACUGAUGUGUCCAUGAGGAUGCAGACUGGAUCCCCCCUCGGUCCCCUCGUGUCUUGGAUGGACAGUCCUGGUUCAGCUGCAGAAGUCCGGCCUCCGUGUGAGCAGUGCGUGUGCAGACUCAGAGCCGUGGCCCCUGCGCAGGUUACGCUGAGGUCUGCAGCGCACCUCCACCUGCUCGGAGAAGCACUCUUACUUAUUGGACAUUAUCUUCAAGAAACGGAUAAGCUGGUGUGCGUAUCGACCAGUGUAUCUCUGCUGCUGGACUCUUUGCUGUGCAGCUUGGCUCCUCUCAUGUCCCUCAGCUCACAGAUCCCAGAACUGCAGAGCUGUGUAGAGCACUCAGUGGCUCCCACUCUGGAAAAUGUGUCCUACUUGAUGCCAGGGCUCAAUGGAGACUCGUCUUCAGAGCUCAGGCUUAUUCUUCUGGGGAACAUCGGCUGUGGAAAGACAUCCUCAGCAGACACCAUUCUGGACCAGCAGGCUCCUUUGACCCUCAGUUCAUCCAAGUGCCUGGUGCAACGGGAGGGCUUUGUGGAGGGCAGGAGGGUCACUGUGGUGGAGGCCCCGAGAUGGUACUGGAGCCGCGGACAAAUGGACGAAAGCGUUCGCAAAGAGACUGAGAAGGCUCUGAUGCUGCUGGCACCUGGACCACAUACUCUGCUCCUGCUCAUUCCUGUGUUCCAGUUUACUGAGAUGGAGACUCUGGUUCCUGGAGAGCUCGAGGCGUUGUUUGGGAAAGACGUUUUGAAUCACACUCUGAUCCUGUUCACAUGUGGCGACUAUUUAAUGGGAAAGACAUUGGAGGAAUACUUUAAGAAGGAACCCCCAGCUCUGUUACAGAUUAUUGAACAAUGUAAUGGGAGAUGUCAUGUGAUCAAUAACCGCAAAAGGCAAGACAGGAGGCAAGUCCAGCAACUUUUAAAUAAGGUGGAUGACAUUGUACAGAGAAACGGCAUACACAGCCUAAAAACAGCUGAUGAGCGGGAUAUCGAGAAAAGAAUCCAGGAAAGGAAAUGUGAAUUGAUGGAAAGUUACAGAGCUCAAAGAGAAGCUCAAAGACUAAGCAUUAGCCCAGUGUUAGACAACGGCACAGAAAUCAGACAGACGACCAGCCCAAAGAUGGAGAGAAUUGGUCGUGAGCGAGAUGCUUUUGAGGCACAAGUGGAAAGCCAUCAAGAAUCCAACAGGGUUCAUUCAAGUCCGGCAAAAGAGCACAACACUGAGCACCAGUCACUGCAAAUGACUCCCAGUUAUAGACUUAAUUCAGAUGGUGCUGUUCUCUCUCAAAUGUCUGAGACUCGAUCUACACCGAAAGUGACCAGCACGUUGCACCAUAGAAUAAACAGCUUUGAAAAGACAUCCCCUGAGGUGUCCCCCACCACCUCCACACUCUCACCUGUGUUCUCCUCGUCCCCUGCUUCGUCCUCUGCUUCUGCGUCUGCUUUUGCAUUCACUCCAGCCACUGCUCGCUCUGCCUCCUCCUCUGGCCUACAGACUCCAGAGCUGCGCUUGGUGCUGGUGGGACGGUCCGGAGCUGGGAAGAGUGCUGUGGGGAAUUGUAUCCUGGGCCAUGGAGCCUUCAGGUCAGACCAGGCCAGCUUCACUGCUGUGACACAGGACUGUGAAAAGAAGAGGGCGGAAGUCUCUGGGCGAAAGGUGGCAGUGGUGGACACCCCAGACUGGUUCAACUCUGAGAAGACUCCUGACGAGGUGCGAGCUCAGAUCUCUUCUUGCGUCACUCUAUCGAGCCCUGGACCACACGCCUUCCUCAUGUGCAUCCCUGUGGACCAGUCGGCCAAGACCGAACUGCAGGCCCUCCAAGCUCUGGGCAGUGUUUUUGGCACCGACGCCGUUCAGAAACACACUAUAGCAGUCUUUACCUUCUCAGACCGACUUCAGGAGAGCGGGAAAGCUAAGAACAAGAGCGUUGAGGCCUAUAUUUCCAGUGAAAGGCCUGAUCUUUUAAACGUGGUGGAGAAGUGUAGAGACAGGUUUCAUAUUAUGGAAAUGGGUAAAGGUGGAAAUAACGUGGCAGAGCUGCUGGAGAUGAUAGAUCAGACUGUCAAGGAGGCAGGAGGCCAGUGCUACUCCUCAGCUGCCUUUCAGGAGGCCGAAGACAAGGUGAGGCAGAGGCAGUUUGAGAUAGCCAGAGAGCAGAGAGGGCUACAACAGGAAUCGUACAAACCAGGAGACUUGAGGCUGCUUAAUUCUGAAAAGCGUCAGUCUUUCUCUUAUAUGCAGCCACUGAAGGAGGAAAUGGAUGAAGAGAUGGAGAGAACCAGGGAUGAAGCAGAAAUGAGUGUGAGCACCAUGAACAUUGAGAGCCUUCCUCCAGUUUUACUCUCCAACUUUUCGCCUUCGAUGCUUCAGUAUGUCAGGGACAAGAUGGAGCUGGGUAUGAAGUCGUUGCCUGAGCUUUUCUCCACUAGCUCCUCUUGGGUCAGUAAAGGAGCAGAGUCUGUUAAAGGUAGUCCAAUGUGGGGGAAAGUGGGGAGUGGAGCGCUCAACGUUCAGAAGAUAGUUGUGGAUAGCUCUGUUUGGGAAAAGGUAGGAGCAAAAAAAGGAGAGCUUUCCAAAGCUGUCGGAGGUAAAAUUCCCAAAGUUGUGUUGGAUGGAUCUGCUUGGGUGGGAUCAGGGGCUAAGGCAGCAGCAGCCAGUCCAGUAUGGGGAAAAGUAGGAUCUGGGGCCAAUUUAGUAGCAAGAAACUCUGUGCGUCUUGGAUCUGGCCUUGGGACCGGAGCAAAGAACCUGGCUCAAAGUCCUGUAUGGGGGAAGAUGGGAUCAGGGGCCAAAACUGGAGCCAAAAUGGUGGUAGAAAGUCCUGUAUGGGGAAAGGUGGGGUCAGGAGCCAAAACAGGGGCCAAAAUGGUUGCAGAAAGUCCAGUGUGGGAGAAAAUAGGCCAGACCGCUAAACAGGUGCCAAAGGUGGUGAUUGCGGGAGCUGUGCUAGGACUAGUUCUUGGUGUGCUCCUUGGUGGGGUGAUCGGAGGCGCCAUUGGAGCCGGUGCUGGGUCUGCACUGACUGAAGUGGGCAGACGCAAGUUAGGAAAUAAAAAAGUCUUGGAACAAUCGAAUUUCUCUAAUGUGGAGAGAAAUAGGUUUUGGGUACAUCCUAUCCUCGUUCCUCCAUAUUCGGCGAGCGCCCGUUGGCCAUCGGUGAGAGACGGCACGUUCCCCAAACCCGUCGCAUCAUUCCUGUUUCACCACAUCCUACAUCCACCGUGA